AUGACCAAAGUCUACUUUUCCAAAGUCAUCAUGCGCACCGUCCUCGCCGUCACGCUGCUGGCCACGCUGGCGUCCGCCCAGCUGUCCUUCCACAACGACGCCUCCCAGAACAGCUUCCAGAUCCGGACGCCAGGCUUCCAGCAGUCCUUCACGCGGUACUUCAACGGCCAGCAAGGCCAUCUCCUGGCCGCCCAGCAGCAGCAGCAGCCACAAACGGCUCAGAUCCCACAAUAUGCUCAACUGCCCCAAACCUACAACCAACAGGCUGCCGAUCCUUCCGCGUACUACCAACAACAGGCGUCCCAACAGCCCCAGUACAGUCGAUUUGUGUCCCAGUACAGUGGGGGGCAUCCACAGCAGCAGCAGCCACAACAGCAACAGUACCAGACCGUUCAGGAGAACUACAUCAAUCCUAACAUUCGGCUAGCCGCACAACAGCAGAGACUUCAACAGCAGCAGCAGCAAUAUUACUCGCCACAGGACGUGCAGGCUUACUUGCAGAGUCAACAGGCGGCUGCCGGUCAAGCUUACCCCCAACAGCAGCAGGCCCACUACCCCCAGCAACCGCAGCAGCAGCAGUCCUACCAACCGAAUCCCCAGUCCCAGUACGAGUUCAUCCAGCAGCAGCAGCAACUCCAACAACAACAGCAGCUCCUGCAGCAGCAACAACAACACUACGAGCAACAGCAACAACCGGCGGAAUCGAACUCGGCAGCUGCAACGGAAACCGCCGCCCAGCAGGGACAGAAGCUGGUUGGUGUGGCGUACUCACCCUCCAACGAGGUGUCCCAGGUCAAGUUCAACAGCAACGGGCUCAACUACAACUUCUAGACGGAGGGAGCUACGAGAGUGGUCUUGAUUGCGGAGUGAUUUGUGUUUAAUUGUUUUGUUUUGUUGAUUAUUUUCUACCUUGCGUUGAGGCGCUUUCUCGGAGAGACUGAAUGAUAAAUUAAAAUAAAAUUGAAAAG